GUGACGUUGACAUAUAUCACAUAUCGUAACAUAACGUGUGUCGGAGUCGCAUGGUAUGAUUGCUUCAUUGACAGUUCUUUUUGCAUUGUUUAUAAUUAUAUUUUUAAUGACAUAUUUUUAAUGCUAUAUAUGAAAAUAGCUAAAAUAUUUUCAUUAAUUUUAUGGAUAUACAAUAUUGACUAAAAAGAAAUUUAUCCAUACUACAUGUUACUUUCUCAUUCAAACUUUAAGUGAAUUAAAAAUAUAGAUUCUUAUUUACGAAAUUCAUGUCAUAUUUUAUCAAGUCAUUUAAAAAUAGUAAAAAAUUAAAACAAACAAUAAAUAUUUAUAUAUACUUUUCUUUGUUUAUCAUUAUAUAUACUUAGUUAUAAAAAUAUAUAUAAUUAAAAUUAGAACUGUUGCAAUUAGUUGCAACUUGUUUAAUUUAAUUUAUAUUUUGUUACUUUGUACUAAUAUUUUAUAUUGUUAUUUAGAUCUACUAUAAGCUUUGCUGCAGAAGUAUCUUGAUUAACCAUCAAAAUUGAGAAUAAAAUGCGAAGGACUCAUACAAGUUAGUUAACCAAUGUCAAAAGUUUAAUAUAAUAUUUAAUUACUAUAAUAUGAUUUGAUAUUUUUUGAUAGAUUAUGCCUAUGAACCAUUACCAACUACAUCCAGCCAUGGAGGUUUGGAAGACGAGAAUGAAAGAAUGACAGACCAUUUAAAAGACAAAAUACAUGCCCUAAAGUCAUUGUCGAUUGACAUUGGAAAUGAAGUACAAUAUCAGGACAAAAUGCUCCGUGGAAUGGAUGAAGAUUUCGAAAGAACAAGUGGUUUAUUAACAAGUUCAGUUGCACGUGUAUUACGUUUAUCCAAAGGAAGUCAUGCUUAUUACAUCUUAUAUUUGGUGUUGUUUUCUAUAUUUGUCUUUUUUGUAUUAUGGGUAACUUUAAAAUUUUUCUAACCAAAACAUUUUAACACCAAAAUAUUUGAAAAGAGGGUUUAUUCCUACAGUGUUUUAUUAUACAUAUAAAAUUAUCCAAGUAUAAUAUCUGAUAUUUGUGUAUAAAAGAUGACAUCUUAAAGUUAUUUCAAUAAGCUGUACAGUUAAAUUUUAACUAAAAAUAAGCUUUAUGUGUAAAAAAUUCUAUUCCAAUAUUACAUUUAAGUGUACAUAAAUUAAAAUAUCUAUAAAAAUUAUCAAAAAUAUAUUUUAUGUCAAAACAACGUGUAUGUACAGGC